CCAAAGCUGUAACACCUGGCCACCUCUUUCUUCCUCCUCAUCUUUCCCCCAAGAAUCCAUGAUUCAAGAUUCAUGGUCGGAAAUCGGAAUACAAAUUCAUACUUAACCGCUUCUUCUCUGCUUUAUUGGGUUUCUUGAUCAAAAUUUGAUUUUCGAAAUUGAGUUUAAUUUCACCCCAGCAAAAGCAUCUGCAAGAUUCUUUUUCUUAAGGUAAUUAUAGUUCAGUAAUUAUUUUUUAUGUUAAAAAUGUUGAUUAAUUGUGGGAUUGGACAAAUUUCUUGCUGUUUUGCCACGUGGGCUUUGGGAAUUUUGCUGAAAUAAUACUAUGUUGAGAUGGGUUUUGGUCUAAUUUGUAUAUUAAUUAAUUAGGUCUUCAUGAUUGAUGAUCAGAGGUUGUUCUUGAGAACAAGAAUUACUAGGGUUUAGAUGUGUCAACAAAUUGUUUUGAUUUCUGUAUAUAAUAUAUAUAUAAAUAAAAAAUAUUGAUUAUUUCGAAUAUAUCUGGUUAAAGAUUUAAUGGCGGAGAGCUGGGAUGGAAGUAGUAGUAACAAUGACUCAGCUUCUCAAUCCGAAGAGAGCCACCAUUUCGAAAGGCUCCGUAUCGAGCCAAUCUACGAUUCCUUCCUAUGCCCGUUAUCCAAACAAGUGAUGCAUGAUCCUGUUACUUUAGAAAACGGGCAAACGUUCGAGCGAGCAGCCAUCGAGAAAUGGCUCAACGAGUGCAGAGAAGCCGGAAAAAGACCGACUUGCCCCCUCACACUUCGAGAGUUACGAAGCACGGAACUGAACCCUAGCAUCGCCCUGCGCCACACCAUCGAAGAGUGGAACGCGAGAAACGAAGCGGCGAAGCUCGACAUGGCUCGGAGAUGCCUGUCGUUGAACAUACCGGAAAACGAUAUUCUUCAGGCACUGAAAUUCGUGCAGCACCUCUGCCUCAACAAUCCCGUUAACAAGCAAGUGAUUCGUAAUGCCGAUUUGAUACCGAUGAUUGUUGAUGUGUUGAAGAGCAGUAGCCGUAGGGUUAGGUGCACUUCUCUCGAAACCCUUCGGAUUGUGGUCGAGGAAGAUUCCGAUAAUAAGGAAAUAAUGGCUGAAGGGGUGACUGUGAGAACGAUAGUAAAAUUCUUGUCACACGAGCAGUCGAAAGAGAGAGAAGAAGCUGUUUCGUUGCUUUACGAGCUUUCUAAAUCCGAAAGGCUGUGUGAAAAGAUUGGUUCGGUUAACGGGGCGAUUCUCAUUUUAGUGGGAAUGGCUAGCAGCAACUCGGAGAAUCUUAUUACAGUCGAAAAGGCCGAUAAAACCCUCGAUAAUCUUGCACAGUGUGAGAACAACGUAAGACAAAUGGCUGAAAGUGGAAGGUUGCAGCCUCUUCUCACACUUCUUCUAGAAGGAUCUCAAGAAACUAAAUUAUCGAUGGCAACAUACCUCGGCGAACUCGUCCUAAACAACGAUGCAAGAGUCUACGUGGCAAGAACAGUCGGUUUCUCACUCGUAAACCUCAUGAAGCACAACAACAUGCAGUCGAGAGAGGCCGCUCUCAAAGCACUAAACCAAAUUUCAUCGUACGAAGAAAGUGCCAAAAUCUUGAUCGAGGCCGGAAUUCUCCCCCCGCUAGUCAAAGACCUCUUCACCGUCGGAUCGAAUCAACUCCCCAUGCGCCUCAAAGAAGUCUCCGCCACCAUCCUCGCCAACGUAGUCAACUCCGGCCACGAUUUCGACUCCAUUCCGGUGGGGCCCGGUCGGCAAACCCUAGCCUCGGAGGAAACAAUCCACAACCUCCUCCACCUCAUCAGCAACACCGGCCCCACAAUCGAGUGCAAGCUUAUCCAAAUCCUCGUCGGGCUGACCAAUCCUCCGGCGACAUCUGUCUCGAGCGUCGUGUACGCUAUCAAAAGCUCCGGUGCCACCAACAGUUUGGUUCAGUUCAUCGAGGCGCCCCAGAGAGAUUUAUGCGUGGCUUCUUUGAAGCUACUUCAGAAUCUGUCACCUCACAUGGGCAAUGAGCUUGCCAGCUCACUGCGGGGCCCGUCUGGCCAGCUCAGCAGCUUAAUCGCAUUGGUGUCGGAAAGCGCUGUAAUAACAGAGGAGCAGGCGGCAGCUGUUUGUCUGCUAGCCGACCUCCCCGAACAAGACAAGGGUUUGACAAGACAGAUGCUGAACGAAGGGGCGUUUCAGUCAUUUAUCUCGAGAAUCGUUAGUAUACGGCAAGGCGAAACGAGAGGGAACCGUUUUAUGACACCCUAUCUAGAAGGGCUCGUUAAGGUUCUUUCAAGAAUCACUUUUGCCUUGUCUGAACAGUCCGCUUUUCAAGUUUGCCGUGAGAAUAACUUAGCUUCGCUGUUUAUCGAACUUCUUCAAACCAACGGACUGGAUAACGUACAGAUGGCAUCCGCCACAGCUCUAGAGAACCUGUCACAAGAAACAAAAAAUUUAACAAAAUUACCAGAAUACCCUCCACCUCGUUUUUGUGCCUCGAUAUUCCCCUGCUUGAGCAAGCCAGCUGUCAUAACGGGAUUGUGCCGCGUGCAUCGAGGGGCUUGUUCCUUGAAGGAAACAUUUUGUCUGCUGGAAGGGCAGGCGGUGGAUAAACUGGUGGCACUUUUGGACCACAAAAACGAGAAGGUGGUGGAGGCUUCGCUGGCGGCAUUGGCCACUUUGUUGGAUGACGGUGUUGUAAUAGAAGAGGGUGUGCAGGUACUUAUAGAUGCUGAGGCAGUGAAACCGAUACUCGAUGUUUUGCUCGAGAAACGAACGGAGAAUCUUACAAGAAGGGCUGUUUGGACAGUUGAGAGAUUGUUGAGGAGUGAGGAGAUUGCUUACGUUGUUGCGGAUGAUCCUAAUGUAAGUACAGCGUUGGUUGAUUCUUUCCAGCAUGGCGAUUAUCGAACGAAGCAGAUUGCCGAGCGUGCGUUGAUGCAUGUUGAUAAGAUUCCCAACUUUUCGAGUAUCUUUUCAAACACGACAUAAUCUUUUUUUUUUCUUUCUUAAAUUGAUUUUUUUAUACUAGUCUGUUUCUGUGUUUAUUCCCUCCUCUAUCUGGUUUUGUUUACUGUAAUUUUUGUAAUGAAAUGUAAAAAAGAAAGUAUUUUGUCUGGUUUGUAUUAUGUGAGCUUUUACAAUUUUUCUCCAUUUUCUUGAAGUUAUUACAAGUUAAUUUUGUGCA